AUGAUCAUUCUUUUAGGUAUACUUUUUGCCUCUCAAGCAGCGAAGUGUACGCACUCCUACCAGGUCAACGAUUGCGCAGAGGACCAUUGUGAGGAGAUCAACGGCCAUGAGCUGUGCACAGAGUGCAAGAACGAUGGCUACAUACCCUUCAAUGGUUACUGCCUUAAAUAUGAUAGUGGCCGAUACUCCUCGUGCAAGAAUGCAGAUGGUUCAGCCAUUACAAACCAAAAGAAAUGUGGCAUGUGCACAGGCUCCAUGCAUCUAUAUAAAGGAGGCUGUUACUCGUGCGGCAACUUUUACCCCGGGAAUCUUAUUUGCAAGGAAUGUGAUAGAGGGGUUUGCACGUCUUGCACGUCUAACUUCUUCAAAAACCCUGCUGCGUCGCAAACGGUUGACUCGUGUGUUCGGUGCGAUGACACAACGGGGGUGUCGGGCUAUGUGGGUGUUACUGAUUGUUUACGAUGUUCGCUGCCGUCUAAUUCUAAAGUAGCUAAGUGCCGCACAUGCAAGCUCUCGACACACAAGCCCAAUCUGGAAGGUAACGCCUGCUAUAAGUGCAGAACACCUGAUUGCUAUAGAUGUAAGGCUGAUAACGCUUGCGAGGUUUGCGGUAACUUUAAGUAUCUUCAAGGGACAACUAAGCCCUAUUGCGUUUCUGCAUGUGGAGUAGGUUUCUACAGUGUAUCAGUUCCUUCUCUCCAAUGCAAGAAGUGCUCUGCUACAUGCCGCGCCUGCGAAGGACCUAAUGAGAGAGAUUGCACAGCCUGCCGUGAAUCAGAGAAUUAUUUUUUGGCAGCAACAAAUGGGGUAGGCAAAUGCAUUUCCUGUGGCGACGAACGUGGAUACUCUGGCUGGAUGGGUGUGGCAAACUGCAAGACUUGCUAUCCUCCGAAUGGCCCCGGAGUAGCUACGUGCAACAAGUGCGAGCGAGGCUAUUCUCUUGUUGACGGAAAAUGCAAAGCAGAUUGUGAUGACACCAGUGGUCAGUGUGCGGCAAAGGGGUGUCACGUUACUAUAGGCGAUAAAAGCUUCUGUUCUCUUUGUAAUACGGGAUAUGCACCUGUCGACGGAAUAUGCACAACUGUUCAACCUGAUAAUCCGUCUGGCUGUGUUGCCAAUAAUGGACAAUGUAACAAAUGUGGCGCAGGCUAUUUCCUUUAUUAUGGCGGAUGUUACAGUGGCUCAACUGAAGUUCAUAAGACCAUCUGUUUGGAAGUUGGAACUGAGUCUGAUCGUGUUGGGUUGUGUAAGACGUGCGCAGACGGAUUUCAAAACAAAGAUGGUGUAUGUAUACUCUGCUGGGACCCUGAUUGUAAAGUGUGCAGCAAAGAUACAACAAAGUGUGAAGUUUGCCGCGAUGGAUAUUAUGAUCCUGAAUUUUGCAAACGUUGUCAUAGUAGCUGUAAGACAUGUAUGGGGGAAAGUUCAAAACAGUGCCUUACGUGUCCUUCUAACCAAUAUCUGCGACCUAUAUACGAUAAUGCUGGAAUGUGCGUAGAGAGUACAAACUGUGGCUAUGGGAUGUACGGGGACAGCUCUUCUUAUAAGUGUGUCUCAUGCAGCGCGGGAUGUUUGACUUGUAAGGCGGCAGGGGACGACAAGUGCACAUCUUGCCCUAUUCGGACGCACUUUCUUGACGGAUCUGAAAGUGGUGCUGGACGCUGCAUAGAAUGCGGGAACACUACUAAUGCCAAAGGGAUUGAUGGUUGUAGAGAAUGUACCAUGGAAAGUGACUCGGUUAAAUGCCUUGUUUGCAAAGCUGGCUAUACAUUAGUUAAUGGCAAAUGCCAGUCCCACUGUCAGGAUUCCAAUUGCGCGGCGGGUUCGUGCGUGGUGGGAAUAGGCGAGAAUCUGUACUGUAGCUUGUGCAAGACGGAUGGACACGCGCCUGUGGACGGCAUUUGCACUGAUGUAACAAGCGCACACCCCAGCGGUUGCGUGACUGGCGUAGGCUCUGACUCAGCGCGGAGCUGUCUUCAGUGUGGUGCGGGGUACUUCCUGUACAUGGGUGGCUGCUACCAGGAGAACAAGGAGCCCGGAAAAAGCGUCUGUACUUGGGUCGGUAUAGUUGGUUCUGUCAACAAAAACAACUACGGUCUCGGUCUUUGCAAUGCAUGUGCCGCCGGUUACGAGAACCAAGACGGAAUCUGCCGCCCCUGUACCACGGUGAAUUGUGAGCGGUGCCGGAUGGAUGACCAGAGGGAUGUGUGCACACACUGCAUGGUCGGGUACGUUCUGGAUCAAGCAGGCACAUGCACCACCAAGACCACAGGUUCAUGUACGGUCCCAGAUUGCGCCGAGUGUGCUGAUGGCAGGAAGUGUCGGCGUUGUGGGCCCGGGUUCUUCCUCACCAGUGUGGGGACCUGCGUAGGUAACUGCCGAAACAUCCCCGGGUACUACGCACUUGAUGCCACGGGAGAGGCCCCCGCAAGGUGCGCUCUGUGUGAGAUCCCGAACUGCAAAGAGUGUGGAGCCGGUAAGCUUUGUGCUGUGUGCUCGGACGGGUACUUCUCCGACAACGGAGUCUGCACUCCUUGCGACAGCACGUGCGCCACCUGCGUAGCUAAGGGCCCCAGUAGCUGCGUGUCUUGCCCGUCGGGCUACGCGGUAACGUCUGAAUCGGGGGUCGGGGAGUGCAAGAAACCGUGUACCCCGUCAGCCGACGGCUGCAAGAGGUGCGACGCGAGCAUCGACGGGGCAAGCUACUGCUCUGUAUGCAGCGUGCAGACCGCAUUCCCUCUGAACGGCAAAUGCGUCGGGCUCUCCGCACGGGCAGGGUCCGCGUGCGUCUCUGUGGUCGACGGCGCCUGCACGAGUUGUGCAGACGGAUACUUCCUCCUGUCGGGAGGAUGCUACCAGGUGGACACAUAUCCUGGACGCACCGUCUGCCAUGCAGAGGAGAGGGGCGUGUGCACCAAGGGCGCGCACGGAAAGAUGGUCAGCGAGUCGGGCAUCCUUCAAGAGUGCUCGAUCGCAAACUGCGCCGAAUGCACGGCCGACGCCUGCGUGACAUGCAGGCUGGGGUAUGUGAGCGUGAACGGCCAGUGCCAGAAAUGCGCCCAGGGCUGCGUCACCUGCACUGCCCCGGACAAUCCACAGAUGUGCACCCUCUGUGACACAGGGUACUACCAGUCGACAACUGGAUCGGCGUUCACAUGCACAGCAUGCGGUGCGGACAACAACGGCAUGAAAGGGGUCGACGGAUGCACUUACUGCAUGCCUCCUGAGGGCAAGGUCGGAUCCGUCCUCUGCUAUUCCUUUGAUGCGCUCCCGAGCAUCAUCCCGACUCCGGCUCCAGCCCCAGCCCCAGCCCCGAGCUCGACAAGGAAGACAGCCAUGAUAGCCGGAGUGUCCGUGGCUGCGGUUCUCCUCGUUGGGUCGGUGGUCGGCUUUCUCCUGUGGUGGUUCCUGUAUAGACGCACGCAGCCCUAUGGGGCGAAGCACGUUGCUCUUAGCCGGAAGCGUAUUCCCACUACUGCAUCUAUCACUACACCGUUGAAUUGA